CUGCAAGGAGGACAUAGAAACUACCCGGCCUCCGGCCAAUCGGUCCUCCUCCCGUUGAAACUCCACUCUGGGAACCAGGGCAACGUCGCCGCCGAGGUCCUCAUAUGUGGAGGCUCCGCCCACACCGAUUUCUACACCAAGGGGAACGAGGGCGUCCACUACGUCGCGCUCCAGGACUACGGCCGGAUGCGAAUUACCGACCUGAAUCUGGUCUGGAAGCGAGAUCUGAUGCCUUCGCCGCGUCUAAUGGGAGAUAUGUUGCUUCUCCCCUCUAGUGAUGUCCUGCUAAUCAACGGCGCUAAAAGGGGAUCUUCAGGUUGGGGUUUCGCCAGAAACCCUAAUUUCACCCCUGCGAUCUACAAUCCGCGUGUAAAGAGAGGGGAAAGGUUUAGGAAGCUCGCUCCGACCACGAUCCCCAGGAUGUACCACUCCACCGCCACCGUUCUUCAGGACGACAAGUCUUCGUCGCCGGCAACAACACCAACAACAGGUACGUCUAUGAAGCCCAAUGGGCCUGGAGGCAGUGAAGCCCAAUGGGCCUGGAGUCUAAAUCAUCGAUGUCUGGACCCCGCCCAAUAG